AGGUGCUCCUCAUAGGGAUCAUGAUUCAAGGCUUAUCGUUCGGCAUGUUCUUGCCUCUCCGCUCCGUGUACAUCGGCGAGUGCUCCAGCCCGCGCUACCGCGGCGGGUUCCUCACGUCUUCAGUCCUCGCCCAGAUCUUCGGCGUCCUAUUCGUCCAUUUCACCGGAUCCCUCAUCAGCUACCAGCUAACGGCCCUUUGCUCCAUAUUCUUCGCUUUAAUCAGCAUCAUCUUGACGAUAUACUUGCCAGAAUCUCCGAGCUGGCUCGCAACUAAAGGACAGUAUGAGAGGUGCAGAGAGAACUUUAUAUGGCUAAGAGCGGAGGAUGAAAUGCCUGAGCUGGAGAAAAUGAUAGAAACUGUUAAUCUUUUGGAGACGCAAGAGAGUACUCGAAACAAAUUUAGAGAAUUAAUUGCAGUAGUAAAGAAGAAAGAAUUCUUCAAGCCAAUUUUGCUAUUAUUUACCUUGUAUAUUAUGCUUAGUUGUGGCGGGGCACCAGUGAUGGGAGCGUACUCGGUGACGAUUUUAGAACUGCUGAUGCCCAAAGCCAACGCUAACUUCUGGAUGGUAGCUUUAGACUGCCAGAGGCUACUCUUUACUAGUGCAGCUGUUUUUGUAAUUAACAAAGUUAGAAGAAGACCAAUGCUGUUCUUCAUUGGAUCUCUCUGUGCCGGUAGCCAGCUCUUGAUGGGAGCUUACGUCUUCGCGAAGAACAAUGACUACUUGCCUUUCGAUUCUUUGUGGAUACCCGGUGUACUUAUCAGCGUCCAAAUGUUGAGUAUAUCCAUGGGAAUGCAGCCGCUGCCUGCCGUGAUAGCAGGCGAGGUAUGUCCUUUGCAACAUAGGAGUCUUGCGGGGGGCAUUGGUUUGACAGCACUGAGUGUGUCUGCUUUUGUUGUGCUUAAGACUUUUCCUGGUCUGAUAUCCGUGGUGGGUCUGGAAGGAACGUUGGCGGUGUAUGCUGGGGUUAUAGCGGCGUGCCUGGCGGUGGCGUGGGUGCUGCUGCCGGAGACGAGCGGCCGGACGCUGCAGCAGAUCGAGGAGCACUUCAGAGGGACGCCACUCUUGGAACCUCAAAGUGACGAGGAGAAACCAUUGACAUAUGCGGCGCAACCCGUUUACUUCUCUAUUCAAAAAUGAAAUGUUUGUG